CCGCCAUAAACUACAAAUCAUCAAAGGCUCCCGCCUGCCGUCGUCGUGAUCGCGCGCCAGCAUGUCUGCCACUACCAACACCAACGACUUGUUUCUGACACUCCUCCGGCCUGCCGUCCUCCACAUCCUGCGCGCUUCUGGUUUCCAAGGCGCCAAACCUUCGGCCGUCGAUACUGUCGUUGAUCUCACAGCACGGUACAUGACGUUACUUGCAACGCGUACAGCCUACAAUGCAUUCUCCAACCAUAACGACCACGAGCCAGACAUCAGCGAUGUGCGCAUGGCCAUGCAGGACUGCGGACUCCUCGUCCCCACAAUGACCGCUUCAGAAGAGAUAUGGAGUGAAAUGCUUCGCAAGCCUUUGGAGGCCUACGAUGAAGAGUCAGGAGCACGUGCGAAAGAGGAGAAGAGAAGGGAUGCCGACGACACAGCGGACGUAACGGCCUUCAUUGACUGGGCGAGAGGGGACCAGAAUAAGGAGAUCAGAAGGGUGGCUGGAGUCGUUAAGCAGCCACAGCCGACGGUCACAGAGCAAUUGGAUGCUGCUGAAAUGGAAGACUAUUUAAGCUGUAAGAACCAGUCCUGGAGGACUCGAUGGCAGGAAAAACCGCUAACUAGUGUCAGCGCUCAUGAAGAAGCACAGCAAAACGGGUGUUGA